AAGAAAAAACAAAAAACAAAAAACAAAAGAACUUGGUAUAUUCCCUUUCCAAGUCUUUAUAAAUAAAUAUUCACAAUAACAUUUCACUCUUGCCUUCAGAAACUCAACAUGGCUAAUCAGCCACAAGACAAUGUUGAAGGCACUUCCAGCAGAGUAAAUAAGCAGAAAAGUAAGGUCUCAAAGUGUGUCAGGCCACGAGCAUCAUCUCCUCCAUGCGCAGCAUGCAAGAAAAUGAGAAAGAAAUGCACCAGUGACUGCAUCUUUGCACCUUAUUUUGGUUCUAGCCAGGGCUCAACGCGGUUUGCAGCGGUGCACAAGGUGUUUGGUGCAAACAAUUUGUCAAAACUAUUGCUAGAAGUUGAAGAGAUUCAUCGUAAUGAGGCCAUAAAUUCCUUAUGCUACGAAGCUCAAGCAAGGCUAGCCAAUCCUGUUCAUGGUUGUGUCUCCACCAUUUCUGCUUUGCAACAACAGGUGACAUCAUUGCAAGGAGAGCUUGCUAUGGUUCAAAAUCAAUUGAUUAAUACACAAAAUUUAUAUGAAAGUCUCCUUCAGAGGACAUAUCAUCAACAACAACCAAACAUCAAUGUAGUUGUGCAACCUACACAGUGCAACAAUAUGCCUCCUUCUGCAAAUAAUUUGAUGAACAUGAGCUUCUUCAACCCAGCUUUUGAUCACCUUGCAAUGCAGACAACACCUUCAACAAACAACACAGACCCUCUUCAAUUUUGUGGGCUUCCCCAUUUCAACAUCAACAUGCCGCAUCUCUUUCCAUGA